AUAAGUCAAGCAAGCAGAGGAUAGGAUGAGAAAUCUCUUCUGUAAAACAUCAACAGUGAUAAUAUCUGACUGUGAACACUUUCACCAUAGGUUCCAUAAUCAGCAAAGGAAAGCAGAAGUAAACUCUCCCACUGGCUCUGUCACCUACAAGCUCAUUUUGAUUAUCCGACCUGAAACAAUGAAUACAUCUGUUGGAGAUUUACCUGGCAACUGCAGUACCCCAGCAGACUACCAGUUAUACCUCUUCCCAGCCGUCUACAGUCUGGUGAUGGCACUGGGCCUGCCAGGAAACGUGGGAGCCCUCUACAUGUUCAUCUUCAAGAUCACUCCCCGCACGUCCUCUAACGUGUACGUGAUCAACCUGGCCCUAGCCGACACAGCCAUCCUCUGCACCCUGCCCUUCAAGAUCCACUACUUCCUCAACAGAAACGACUGGGUAUUCGGAGACAUGGCUUGCCGCAUUACAGGAACACUGUUCUUCGCCAACAUCUACAUCAGCAUCGCCUUCAUGACCUGUAUCUGUGUGGAUCGAUACACGGCCGUCGCCCAUCCUCACAUCUAUCUGAGGCUCCGGAACUCGUGGUAUACUGUAGUGGUGAGUGUGGCGGUGUGGGUGGUGGCGGGGGUGGCUGUUCUGUCUUUCAUCCGAGUCGGACCUCUGGACAGCAAACCUGGCGGAGGUCUCCCCCAUCGCCGUAGCUGCUUUGAGAACUUUUCAAAGCACGAGUGGGACAGGCGUGUGGCGCCGUACAGCUUAUUCAGUCUCGUCUUCGGCUCGCUACUGCCCUCUGUGGUCAUCCUGGUGUGUUACCCUCUGGUGGCACGGCGCAUCGCUCUCAUCCGGACCAACAUGGCCCGCGGAGCCCUGAGGGUCAUCUACACCAUCCUGGCUAUCACCCUGCUCUGCUUCAUGCCGUAUCAUGUGGUUCACUUCCUGCACCUGCUCCGCCGUCAAGGGGCCAUCCAUCACUGUCCCCAUGCCAAUGCCAUCUACAAUGCCCGGCAGGUGACCCUGGCUCUGGUCAGCCUCAACAGCUGUCUGGACCCCCUGCUCUACUACUUCACCACUAGUCGCUGUAAGUGGAGUCCCUCCAUGGCCAGGUUCAGAUGGAUUUGGGCCAGGAGGAAUAGGGGGCUCUAUACCAUUGCUGUAGGACAGUGAAUGGUUUGGAUAAACUGGCUCCAACUGUAUCCUAUCAACUAAUGUAAUUGUAUGCUUUAUAUAUUCUACUCACAAACUCUGAAGACAAUUGGUGAAGCAAUUUUUGCCAUCGUAAACCACCAACCUUUGCAAACAUGUACAGUUGAAGUUGGAAGUUUACAUACACCUUAGCCAAAUAUAUUUAAACUCAGU